GUACGCUUGUUUUCUGCACAUAUAUCAUGGGUCGAGUACGGCGAUCUCGUACACACCAUGCACAACGCGAUGUGCAUCGAGCAUCCCGUACAAGGGCUCGCACAAAAGACCUUGAUCAAAUUCAGCUCAUUGAUCUAGACCCAAAGAAUCGCGCUGCUCUCGAAGCACAACCCCUCGAUUUCGAAAAACCUGGCCUUGCUCAGCAUUAUUGCGUCGAAUGUGCAAAACACUUUGAGACUGAUACCGCGCUCCAUUCGCAUUGGAGGGGCAAAAUACACAAAAGACGAUGUAAAGCUCUGAAGGAACCUGCAUACACGAUAGAAGAAGCGGAAAGAGCAGCUGGAUUGGGGCGAGAAGGAAAAAGAGUACCAAUUUCUGCACAAGCCAUGACGACAGAUACUUAGGGACCAGUGUAUGACUGGAUGGUCGUCGGUCCUAGAUCAUGCCUUUGUCUUUCUGGUUGGGAACUACCGACUACAUGUGACAGCUGCUCGAACUGGAUUAUGCCCUCGAGUCAAGCAUUAGUGGUGUUAUCCAGUGCGCAGGGCUCAUAGGAUCACCGCGAGAGGGAUGAUCGACGUCAAGUCGAAAUUACUUGCGUCGCUCUAGUUCUUGUUUGCUUUUUCUAUUACUCCCGAUCUUGCUCAAUCAAGGUUCACUACUGUUGCUCCACACCAGGAAAUAACUUGUUCCAAGACAAGUAUGAGC